CAUUUACGACAAUACACAAACAUUCGUAUUAAAACGUAGGCACAGAGACAUAUAAAUGCACCAAGGUGCAGCAAACACGAAUAGCCACAUGUUGGCCCUCUGGUGUCGCCUUUCUGGCCCAAAGGGCCUAAUAACUCGAGUAUCUGAGUGCUCGAGUAAUUUUCCCAGGUAAUUUGAACCCCAACAUGCUCCCAGCCUUGAUAUGCCUGCAGAUAUUAAUCUUAUGGGUGUUCCUUUCCCGUUUCGGCCAAGGAACCGCUAUUUUGGGCACCUCCAAGCCUCUCCCGUGUCUCUUCGGACAGGGUUCCUGAUUUCACCCCAUCGGACAGUUGCAACCGUUUCCCAUGCGAUACUUCGACUGUCUCGUCGACCUCCCCGAUCUUCCUUCUCUCCUCACGUGUGUAUUCCACCACCAUUCCUCCUCCCAACUCCGUGGCCUCGCUUGGCUGUUCCUGCUUUUUCGCACCUUCUAGCGCUCGCUUGACUUCCGCGGCCACCAACCGCACUGGUCGCCUCACGUGAGCACUUAUCGCAGCGCCUGUCGACUGUAA